UGCCAUCUUGUACACAGGACAAACUGCCAUAAAACUUCUAUCUAGCAGCACCUGCUGACUCUUGUACUUUGGCUGCUUUGCUGCAAGGGAGCUUCGUGGAAGGGGGCGGCGAAUUUAUUUUCCAAUGUUUCAAAGAGAUCAUGUAACAGCACAAGAAUAAGGAAAGACAAGAGUAAGACAUGACAAGAAUAGAAAUCGGAGGUUCACCUACUGAAUCAACAAUCUUCAUUCUUUUUGUUAGGUGGGCAUCAUCCCUGAAGCAGUGACCAUGGACGAGUUUCGUGGAAGGGUUAUAAAUCAGGAUGAUGUGGAGAUUUUCCGAGGGCAUCUGUCUCAGUAUGAAAUGCACCAGCUGGGAAUAUUAUAUGAGCAUUUCAGGGAUGAUCUUGUCUACAUCAUUGAGUCAGUUGAUACUCUGAGUAUCCUGAGAGAGCUGAGCUUCCGAGAAAUUGUGUCCGUACAGCACUAUGUGUCUUUAAAGAAGGAAUGUGGUGCCACUGUAUUCGCUGAGAUGUUGGUAGAAGAUAUUCUUUCUCUUGGGAGAGACGCCGUGUUGGGAUUCUGGGAAAGUCUUUAUGUUCUACAGAAUGAUCAUCCUCACCCCAACCUGCUGGGUGUAUUGGAUGAAAUCAUUCAGAGAGGAGAGACUUUGGAGCAACAUAUUCUUUUGGACCACCAUGGACACGAUUUGCCCGAAGAACUUACAGCCUGCCAGAUGGAGCAUAAACAAUACCUACUGGAGAAAACCCAAAGUCUUGAGGAGCUCAGAGUCCCAGGCUCAAGCCAGAAGCCUCAAAGUUUCCAUAUCUCUGAACGCUAUUUGGACCUUAUUGUGGCCUCAGGUCACCAAUUCAGAGAGCGUACUCAACACGAGGUCAUUGAGACAGGGGGGAAACAUGAGCACUAUUUACAAAAAGCCCAUAGCAAUUUGGAACGCAUUGCGCCAAACCGACUCUUCCGCUGGUGUCACAGACUCAGGUGCAUUCCACAUGCCGUCAUAGUGAGUGGCGUCCCAGGGGUUGGGAAGACCACCCUAAUGCAAAAGUUUGUCUACGACUGGUUAGCUGGAAAACUCUACCAGAGAUUUGCAUUUGUCUUCUUCUUCAAAUUCCGGACGCUCAAUACAAAGGAGGCAGUUAGCUUACAGAAAAUAAUCCUUGAUGAAUAUCCUCAUCUACGUAAGAACCUCUCGGAAAUCUUACAGGAUCCCCAAAAACUGCUUUUUAUAUUUGAUGGUUUAGAUGAGAGUGCCCACCAGAUUGAAUUCCAGUCAACUGAACUGUGCGUCAGCCCCCACAGCCUCAAUCGCCUUGAUGUCAUUGUGGUCAGUUUGGUGAGACAGUCUCUUCUGAAAGGAUGUUCUGUUUUAAUGACAAGUCGACCAACUAGACUGGCUUCCAUAGACACCAAGGUCUUCCCACGUGUUUGUGAGAUCAUGGGAUUUUUCCCCAAGCAAAGAGAAAUGUACUUCCAACAUUUCUUUGGAAACCAAGUAAUAUCCAAUAAGGCUUUCCAUUAUGUGAGGGAAAAUGGAGUGCUGUACACGUUCUGCUACAUCCCAUCCUACUGCUGGAUCAUCUGUACCGUGUUAUCCAUGUGUUUUAAAGAUAAUGAUCAAAGUGUUCAACUCUUACCCAAAACAGUGACGCAACUUUUUGUGAUUUAUGUCACCAACAUACUGUCCAACCACAGCCAGGAUUCAGGCCACGCUAAAGAACUGCUGACAUCCGUUGGGUGGAUGGCAGAACAUGGUGUCAUGAGCCAUUAUCUUGAGUUUGAGGAACAAGAUUUAGCCACGUUCCAUGUAAAUAAUUCCUCUAAACUCUUGUCAAGUUUUAUGGUAGAAUCGGCCCAGUCUCAUGGCGUCAUCUACUCAUUUUUUCAUCUGACGAUUCAAGAGUUUUUGGCUGCCCUGGUUCAUUAUCUUGAUUUUUCUGCUGAAAGGUUAAAGGAAGCUUUUGAAAAAGCCCAAUCAUUUGAAGAUGGCCGAGGUGAAAUAUUCAUUCGCUUUAUCUCUGGUCUAUCUGAUAUGUCCACCAGGUCCCAAUUAAAACCUUACUUUGGGGACUUGUCUUCUGAAGCUUCUAAGCAUGUCAUAGCCUUAUUAAAUGACAUGUCUAGUAGUGUAACCAGCCAUGAAGAUGAUGGCGUGGACAAAAGGAAAACUUUAAACGUUUAUGCCUGCCUAUCUGAAUCCAGGAAUAAGGCACUUGUGUCUGAAACUAUUGGAAAAAACACAAUUUUUGAUUUGUCAGAAUUCCACCUGGCCCCUCUAGACUGCACCGUAUUGUCCUUUAUAUUAGAAUCCUUCAAGGAAGUGGAGCUUCUUGACCUCGAUGCCUGUUUUAUACAGACUGAAGGCUUGGAGAGGUUGGCACCAACGUUACACAAGAUCAAGGAUCUCAGUCUUUCUCAAAAUAAUAUGAGGGAUGAAGAUUUGAGGAUUAUUUAUUCCACAUUAACCCACCCUGACUGUAAAAUCCACAAACUGAGUUUAAGGGAGAACGGCCUGACGGAGGAAAGCUGCACUACAUUGGCCUGGGCAAUUAAAGAAAACAAAACUUUGAGGGAUCUGGAUCUGUCUAAGAACAAACUGGCCGGGGAAUAUUUCUAUCAGUUGUUGAUGGUUCUGUCUGACCCAACCUGCAAGAUAGAGCGUUUGGGCCUCAUGGAGAUCAAGCUGACACCGGACUAUGCACCAUCCCUGCAUCAUCUGACUGGAAACACCAACCUGACCCACCUCAACCUCAGCUACAAUUUCCUUUCGGAUACUAGUUUCUCCUAUAUAAGAGAUCUGAUACUAAACUCUCUCAGACUGAAAGAGAUCAGGCUUGGUACCAAUGACUUUUCAGAAGAAGUUGUUGCAAAACUUAGGAGUCUGCAAACUCAACGACCGGCUGUGAACAUUGAAUUAUGACAGCUGGAAAUUGUGUGGUGGUCAUGGACCAAACCAAGAAGCAGCAGAGACGAGCUCAGCCAUGAGGAGAUACUUGGAGCUCAAAAUGCUCAGAGAGAGCGCAGCCUAUUACCUGCCAGGAUGCAAGAUGCCCAGGAGGUGACUGCUAUAGAGAGCACUCCUGCUACAUCAUUUGUACAAGCUGAUUUUAUACCUUAGGGCACAUGGUAAGAAUCGGGGAGAUUUAGUUGCCCGAUGACAAAUCUCCUCUUCUUCGGGCGACUAAUCACCCCAAAAAAGCCUUCCU